AACGUGUCACUCCCGGGCACGAGAUUCGACGUCUCGGACGUCGUUUAUCAAAAAUUACAGGUGUUUUCGUCAGAUUUAUGACAGUUUGAGGUUGAGAAUAUCGACUAAAGUAGUUUUCUUGACUUCCCCGGGCUGGUAGACCGAGAUUUUGUGUCAGAAAUGCCUCAGGUUGUCAUGUUGCUCCUACACUUGGAGGGAGUUUCGUUCAUCCAGUGGCUGCAGACGACAUUUUCUGAUUUUGCGGACGUCUUGUUGUUCCUGACCCGGAUGGGAGACCCCAGACACGCGUUCCUCGUGUACUUCCCCUUGGCGCUGGUGUUCAGCAGGAGUGUCGGGCUGAGAGCGCUCCUAGUCGCCAUUAUUUCUGAGUGGACCAACCUCAUCCUGAAAUGGAUGCUACACGGAGAGCGCCCUUUUUGGUGGAUUAAGGAUCCUGAGAUAUUUGAAGAAGGAAAAGCACCACAUCUGGAGCAGUAUUCCCUGACCUGUGAGACUGGACCAGGCAGCCCCUCAGGCCAUUGCAUGGUGACAGCAGCAGUCCUGUGGGUGGUGGCGUCUGGUCUGAUGUCAGAUCUAUCAGCAGCUCCAAGUAACAGUUGGAAAAGGAACCCGGUGAUCAGAGCUGCUCCCUGGCUGGUGUACAGUCUGAUUCUCACAGCAGCCGGUGUGUCCAGAUUGUUCAUCGCUACACACUUCCCACACCAGGUGGUGUUUGGCACAGCUGUAGGUGUUCUGAUAGGCUACAUGUUCAACCGAGUCCAGGUGCAGUCUUUCCGUCCAAGGAUGUGUGUUGCACUGUCAGCUGGCCUGGCUGUGUCAGCUAUGGGACUCUAUGGUAUCCUUCUACAUUUGUUCAGGGUGGAUCCCUCCUGGUCUAUACAGAAAGCGAUGCAGUGGUGUGCAAACCCUGACUGGGUACAUCUGGGCACAACACCCUUCUUCUCUAUAGCACGAGAUUCUGGCUCCUCGCUGGGUCUGGCUGUAGCCCUUCACUCCAUCCUCCCGCAGGUCGGGACUAGAACCCACAACCCCCUGGACACUAGCUCACAUGAAGGUAAAGCUAGUGGUGUCAGCACUGUUGGCUUUAUUCUGUUCUUACUGUCUUUAACACUGAGUACCGAGUACUGGGUUCUACCCCAGGACCCACAGGUCUUGUUGUACUCACUGGUUUUCAUCAAAAGUGGCUUUUUGACUGUAGCAGUCAUCAGCCUUGUGACAGGUUUUAGAAAAAUGAUCCAGAAAAAACAGAAAAAUUGGUGAAGGAUAUACAUUCAUGGAUAUGUGAGUAAAGAUUACAUUGUAAUUUGAUAAUAGAUGAAAUAGCUAUUUUGUAGAUACAUUUAUACAAAAUGUCUCAUUUCCAUCCUCAAAAAUUCCAUCUGUUUGUCAAUGUAUGCAAUUUUUGUGUACUUAAGAAUAAUUCAAUUUCAGUAAUCUGUUGCGCAUGCCAAAAUGUGAAAAGUCAUGCCUAAAAAAGUCAUCUACAGAUUCUAUUACAUGUAAUUCUGGUGUGGUUAUAUUUGCAAUACAUUGCCAAAUGAAUGUAAAAUGCACAAUACUGAUGAUGAUCCCAUGUUCUGUGGCUGUAUCACAGUUAUGCCAAAAAGCAGUUACUCAAGCAACUGGAUAUGA